ACGGCACGGGGCAGUCUUCACCGGUGUCCCGACCACGCUGGUUCCUUUCCUCGAGAACGCGUCCGUGCCUCUUUCCCUCCGUUGCGUUUCAAUCCCCCCGUCGUCCACGCCGAGACCACGGUGAUCGAUAACGCCUGGCGGUACCCUUAACGCGUCGAUCGCGAAUUUUCACGCCUCCGGACACCGCGAAAUGAGAUCCAGCCGCGCGAGACGAGCGUCCAGGACCCUGUGAGACGUCCAACCCCACCACGAGCCGACGAACACGAAGAGGGCCGAGUUAAAGCACCGGUGGUGACUCCGGUACCGUUAACUUCCUACCAGAACGAACGUUCUCUCAGAUAGAAGUCCUUCCUGGCAGACAGAGGACCGGCUACACGAACGGUUUCUCCGCCAUGGAACGGCAACAAGCUGGCCAGGACGACGGGACGAUCACCAAGCUGAGGGAGGUGCCUCAAUUCAAGGUGGACAACUUCCUCCUCACCGUCCAGUUCGACGACGGGGACGAGCACUACAGCGAGAAGGCCAGAAAGGAGCUGAGGGAGACGCCAGAGGUUGUUCAACAGGCCUUGAAGGACAUCAGGGCGCUGCUCAAAGGUGAGCCUGAUCUGAUCCUCCCGGACGAUGCUGAAUUUUUCCAAAAAUUUAUGCGACCUUGCAAGUGGUAUCCAAAGAGUAGCUUCGAGCUGAUGAAGAGGUUUUAUAAUUUCAAAUUGAACCAUCCACGUCACUGCGAAAAUCUGUUGCCGAGUACGGAGAAAAAGACAUUGUCCUCUGGAAUUUUAAUACCAUUGCCAGAACGCACAUCGGAAGGUUGCAGGAUACUUUUGGUUCACACUGGAAGAAAAUGGAACACGAAGGUCAUCAGCAUCGACGAUAUAUUCCGGUCGGUCAUGCUGGCUCUGGACGCCGCCAUGUCCGAACCGAGAACACAGAUCGCGGGUGUGCACGUAAUAUUUAACAUGGAUGGCUUCUCGUUGUCCCACGUCGCCCAGUUUACCCCGAGUUUCGCCGCGAUGGUCGCCGAUUGGGUGCAAAGAUGUUUACCCUGUCGUCUGAAGGGCAUCCACAUAGUGAAUCAACCCUUCAUAUUCAACAUGGUCUUCGCUAUUUUCAAACCUUUCCUUCUGGAGAAAACGCGUAAGAGGAUUCACUUCCACGGCACGGACAGAGCAGCGUUGAUUUCUCGCCUGGGUAAGAAACCUGUUCCCACAGAGUUGGGUGGAGAUCUGGAGUUGCCAAAUGUACCGAUUGGCCAAGGUAUUUGCGACUACUUCUGCUGGUUCGAGAAAGACUUUGAAGCUUCCAAUAUGUACGGGUUCAAGAGGAGCGUGAAAUAAUGAGGAAUCGGCAUCUAUUCGUUAGCCUAAUGGACCGUGAACACCGGAUCCAAAUCCCCGCGAUCUAAGAUUAAGAUUUAAAAGAAGGUGGAUUAUUUAGUUCCGAUUUCAUGGUUACAGUGAAGGUGUAAAGCGAAAGAGUUUAGUGUUUCCGGUCGGAGUAAUUAAGAAAUAAGUUAAAGAGCUAGAUGUAAUUAUUUUUGUUAUCGAUAAACGAGAUAUUAGAGUCACGUAACGUGCAAUAAAGGGAAAGUUUUGCAAUGAAUUUUAGAGGUAUUGUUAUUCGGUUCGAUGGAAACUCUAUUAGUUGCUGUUUUAGUAUCACCGAUCGUUGCAGAUACUUACCGAUCAAAUACCGAACGAUUAUCCCUCCUAUAUUGUCAACAGCGUGGGACUUAUUUUCAUGCAACCAUCGACGUUUAACCAUACUUGUUUUUGCAAAUAUUUUAUUACGAAAAAAAUAUAACAACAAAUUCUAGCAAAUCCCUCGUCGUCUAAGGAACAAGUUUUCCAAACGACAAACAAUUUUAACCCGCGAGACUUUCAAAGCCUCGCGGGAUUCUAAAUCGAUCGAAUCCAAAAGGUAAGUCGACGAUUCAACAGUUUCACCACCGUUAAACGAACCGCGUUUCGUUGCUUAAACUAAUUUCAUUUUCACUAAAGUUACUCGUUCGAUGAACUAUAAUAAUACGAAUACAUACCUAUCGACAAUUCAGUUUUCCAUAUAAAAUUGCGUUUAAUCUACAUAAAUAUCUAUUCUCUUUUCGUGAUAAUACGAAACGUAAGCGAGUGUACAGCGCCAGCAAACCUGUUGCUUCUUAUUCAUCGUUUCUUCGUGAAGACGCGAUUCCUAUGAGAUAACUGGAUAGAGGACCACGAAGGGAAAUAUAUAAUUCAUUAGA